AUGGCUGCGAUGCUCGACGCAUUCAGGAUGCAGCCCUUUGAUCUCGAGCCCGUGCUCGCAUCCUGGGCAGACCCGCCCCGCUUCCUAGGCAAGCCGAAGAAGGACCUUCCCGUCAACGACUGGCUGGCCCAGAUUAAGGCCGGGUGCAUCGUGCGCAAGGUUCCCAAGGAAUGCUGGCAGAGAGUUGGCGAGCACUUCCUCGGCGACAAGGCCAAGGCACGCUUCGAAGAGGUGAAGCUCGUUAUGCAGAAUAUGCACGGGGGGAAGUAUAAGUGGAACUGGAAGAAUUUCAAGGUCGCCAUGCGGAAUAUGGGCUGGGACAUCGAGGCAGACCAGUGGGAGAUUGUCAACGUACAAAGUAAACCCUCUGGACUCUGGUGGAUUGCCGGUAGGGGCAGCGACUCCAACAAGGAGGCGAAAGAUAGUAGUCCCACCCCCCCUCCUCUCCCGCCCAAACCACAACGGUCAAACACCUUCAAGGGCUUCCCCAUUCCCAAACGCUCCUCGACCACGAGCUCAAUCGAGACCGUCACUUCCUCUGGCUCUUCUUCCAGCAAGAACACGUCAGCCACCACCCCAGCCAACACACCCUCCACGACGCCCGCUGGCACACCAGGCGACACGACCACCACGAUCGCGCAAGCACCAUUAUGGCUAAUGAAUGUCUGCCAAUCACUCGACUUCCUGACGACUGAGCAUCCCAAGGUGAUGACCGCGAUCUCGGCGGUGCUCAUCACCGUAGGCUCCCUUCCCGCCCUCCCCGCUAUUUCAGCAGGUGCGGGCGGCGCAUUCCUCGCGAGCACCACCGCGCAUGCUCUCGGGAGCAUCGCCGUCGGCCUUGGUACGCUGCUCAAGGCGUCAAGCGAUGGCCAAGUACAAAUCGCGCCGGCGCCCCAUGCACAUCCAUAG